UUCAGAUCCGCUCUCCAAUUUUAACGUCCGAAGUCUCCAACACCACAACAUUGUCUAACUUUAUACUCUUCAUUUCACCGAUUGUGUCUUAAUUAUUUCAUAUCAGGGGGGCCUUUUUAAAUAUGGCUUGUAAGUUUUCCCGUUCUCCCACAAAUUCCACACAAAACGUGGUGUACAUGUAUCCAAUGUCAUAAUGAAUCUGCCAUCCUCGACUGCCAUCAUUUCCAUCUCCAUAUCUUCUUGUACAGUCUCCAGGCUAUAUAGAGUGUCAUGAUCUUCACUCAAAUCACUCUUCUGUUGCUACUUUCUUCCACUCACCACGUACUUUGGCACACAAAUGCUCUCUGAGCUGGCCUCAAUCGACCGGUGUCAUUCCAUCGCCCUUCAUCGCGAGAUUGACGUCAAGCACACGAGAAUGCGCCGAUGACAUUCAGCAUGCCGUUGUUGCUGUGUUCUCUGCAAUCGCGGUGUAUAUAUAAUCGCCGGCUCUUUCCUUAGACAUUCGUGCGAUUGUCAGAGUUUUCACUACACACAAUCAUGAGUUCAUAACGUUCAUUGUAGCUAAUAUCGUCGUCGCAGCCCCGCAGGAUACAAUCGAAGUCAUGAACUCGAUGUCCCCGUUACAUAUGUCCAAUGGACGCGAUGAAUUAUUCGCAAGAUCGUCGCCGUCGAAUGAUGACGCUCCGGGCGAAAGCGAGUCCGAACUGUCCGAUGUUGGCAACCCUACCGUCGACGAACCCUCGCCGGCCCCCUCAAACCGCCAACCCGAGUUUGGUGCUCAAGAUUCCGAUGCCUCUGAGGAGUCGUCGCCUGAAGAUCAGGAACAAUCCGAUGACGCAGAUUUUGAUGAAGAAGACACACCUGCAGCAGCAGCUUUCAAUGGCCAACGAUCGGAGCGUUCGAGCACUGUCGAGUCAUCGCGUCCUGCUAAACGCAAGUCAGGAGGCAUGGAUCAGGAUCGGUACAUGCUAGAGAAUCCAGAACUAUACGGCUUGCGAAGAAGCGUAAGGCAUUUUAUCUUCCAUAUACCCGGAAACUAAUGCUAACAAACUUUUGUAACUAUAGGCGCGUCCAGUACAAACUCGGACUAUUGUAUGUCGUCCGGAUUUAUCACAUUCCUUUGCAGCAUGUAAUACAGUUAGAUAUAAGUACUGAUUAUUAUAGGUCGAGUCUGAUGAGGAGGAAGAGGAGGAUUCCGAUGCAGUUGCAGUUCAUAGAAAUAAGCGUAGGAAGCCAGAGCGUUCCCAACAAUGUAGGAGCCUUCCUUGCCAUGAAUAAAUUGGCUGUCGCAGAAUGCUAACGUCGUACACAGCUUCCAAACGCCAGACGCCAGCUCUGCAAUCUGCAACUGCUUCUGAUACAGACGAAACCGAUACCUAUGGUAGCUUACGAGCACGAAAUACCACCAAAAAGAAUCGCCGUCGCCAACUAGAAUCCGGCAAUCUCGCUCCGCAAUACCAAGAGAAGAGGUGGAACAGCCGACGUGCUGCACAAGUCACGACUGGUGCUUACCAAGAAAGUGAUCCCGACCUUGAGGAUGAAUCUGAAAUGAUGACACCAAAUCAAUGGGCAGAAGAUGUUGAAGAUACCUCGCCAUAUAUUGAUGUCGUCUUGAAGCACAAGAUCAAAGAUGCAAAAGACGCAAAAGAUGAAGAGCUCACCAAGGAUGAUUUUGACUACUACAUCAAGUGGCAGGGCAAGUCGCACUGCCAUGCAACCUGGGAGACCACAGCAUCUUUGGCGGGCGUUCGUGGAUUCAGGCGCCUCGAGAACUACUACCGAAAGAUUGUCCUCGAGGAUAUUUAUAUGACACAAGGCGCCGAUAUACCGCCAGAAGAGAAAGAAAAGUGGAUGCUUGAUAGAGAGCGCGACGCAGAUGCUCUAGAGGACUAUACAAAGGUUGAGAGAGUUAUUGGCUCGCGAGAAGGUGAUGAGGAAACCGAGUACUUCAUCAAGUGGAAGGGUCUUUACUACGAAUCUUGCACAUGGGAAACUGCUUCAUUCAUUAGCGAGAAAGCCCAAGAUGCUAUCGAUCACUUUUUGGAUCGCAGCUCUAGAUCUUUGGUCUCGGACCGAAAAGAGUCAAACCCUGAUACCAGAGGUCCCCAUGUUCCAAUUCGUGAACAACCAGACUACAUAAAAAACGGACAAUUGCGGGAUUUCCAAAUUACUGGUGUCAAUUUCCUGGCGUACAAUUGGUGCAAGAAUAAGAAUGUUAUUCUCGCUGAUGAGAUGGGACUAGGCAAGACUGUUCAGACUGUUGCAUUUAUGAAUUGGCUUCGCAACGACAGAGGCCAAGAAGGGCCACAUCUCGUCGUAGUUCCUCUGACUACCAUUCCUGCUUGGGCUGAUACCUUCGAUAAUUGGGCGCCAAGUCUCAACUAUGUCGUGUACAAUGGUAAAGAAUCUUCACGCCAGGUCAUUCGUGAGUAUGAACUACUGGUCGAGGGAAACCCCAGGCGUCCAAAGUUCAACGUCCUUCUCACUUCUUACGAGUAUAUUCUGGCAGACUCUGCCUUCCUGGCGCAAAUCAAAUGGCAGUUCAUGGCGGUCGAUGAAGCUCAUCGUCUGAAGAACCGUGAAUCUCAGUUAUAUGUAAAACUGCUUGAUUUUAAGGCUCCCAGCCGUUUGUUAAUUACCGGCACCCCGGUUCAAAACACCUUGGGCGAGCUCUCUGCCCUCAUGGAUUUUCUCAUGCCAGGCGAAAUGGACAUCGAAGAUGAUAUGGACCUAACUGAUGAAGCUGCCGGUGAAAAAAUUGCAGCACUUACCACCAAAAUCCAGCCAUACAUUCUCCGCCGCACAAAGCAGAAAGUGGAGAACGACUUGCCACCGAAAAGCGAAAAAAUCAUUCGCGUCGAGCUAUCAGACGUUCAGCUGGAUUACUACAAAAAUAUCCUUACUCGCAAUUAUGCCGCCUUAAACGAAGGUUCUAAAGGCCAAAAGCAGUCCUUGUUAAACAUCAUGAUGGAACUCAAAAAGGCUAGCAAUCAUCCCUACAUGUUCCCCAAUGCAGAGGAGAAGAUUUUGAAGGGUAGUGAGAGGCGGGACGAUCAGUUGAAGGGCUUGAUUGCCAGCAGCGGGAAGAUGAUGCUCCUUGACAGAUUACUCGCCAAACUAAAAAAGGACAACCAUCGCGUUUUGAUUUUCAGCCAAAUGGUGAAGAUGCUUGAUAUCCUUGGUGACUAUCUUCAACUUCGUGGCUAUCAGUUUCAACGCCUUGAUGGUACUGUUGCUGCGGGCCCAAGACGUCAAGCCAUUGACCAUUUCAACGCCGAGGAUAGCAAUGACUUCUGCUUUCUUCUCUCCACUCGUGCUGGAGGUCUCGGUAUCAACUUGAUGACCGCUGAUACUGUUGUGAUUUUUGACUCUGAUUGGAAUCCUCAAGCUGACUUGCAAGCCAUGGCUCGUGCACAUCGUAUUGGGCAGAAGAAGCCUGUGAGCAUUUACAGACUUGUCUCGAAAGAAACUGUCGAAGAAGAGAUUCUUGAACGUGCUCGCAAUAAGCUGAUGCUAGAGUUCAUUACCAUACAGCGAGGUGUGACCGAUAAAGAGAAAAAGGAGCUUCGCGAGAAAGCUGCCAAGGCCGGUAAAAUUGAUGAUCCCAAGUCUUCCGACGAUAUCUCUCGUAUACUCAAAAAGAGAGGCCAGAAGAUGUUCGAACAAUCCGGAAACCAGAAAAAGCUUGAAGAGUUAGACAUUGACUCUGUCCUCGAGAAUGCCGAAGAGCACCAGACUGAAGUACCAGAAGGUAUGGUUGCAGAUGGUGGCGAAGAUUUCCUUAGGAGUUUCGAAUAUACCGACGUCAAGAUUGACUUGGAAUGGGACGACAUUAUCCCAAAAGAUCAGUUGGAGGGAAUCAAAGCCGAGGAAGAAAAACGAGCUCAUGAAGAAUACCUUGCCAAGGUCGUGGAAGAGAAUGCGCCGCGUAAGGCUGCCAUGAAGAACACAGCUGAGGUCGAGCGAGAGCAACGUCUUGCCAAGAAGCGUGAGCGUGACCAAGCUAAACAAGAAGAGCUCGAGGAAAAGAGGGAAGCUCAAGCAAAUCGUUUGGACCCGAAGCGCCCUCUCAAUGAGAAGGAAACAAGAAACUUGAUGAAAGCUUAUCUUCGAUACGGAUCAAUGGAAGAUCGUGGUGAAGAACUUGUAAAGGAAGCCCGGCUUGUGGGGCGCGAUGAGGAAAUGAUGAAAGCCACAUUGAAAGCCCUUACCGAAGAGAGCAGCAGACGUCUAAAGGAAGAGAACGAAAGGGUCGAAGCACUGGAGCGUGCAACCAAUAAGCCAUUGACCAAGAAGGAUAGAAAGGCAGUAUUGUUUGACUAUUCCGGAGUAAAGAGAGUCAAUGCCGAAACCAUCAUGGAACGUCCAGGCGAAAUGAGGAUGCUAAGAGAUGUUGUCGGAAGCACUCCGGAUUUCAAAACCUUUCGCGUCACCGACGCAUCCAAAGGUGCCCAUUACUCAUGUGAAUGGGGCGCUAAGGAGGAUGGAAUGCUUCUUGUUGGGAUCCAUAGGCAUGGCUACGGUGCUUGGACUCAGAUUAGAGAUGAUACCGACUUGGGUCUUGGGGACAAGUUGUUCCUUGAAGAACAUCGUGUAGAUAAGAAAGAAGAAAGAAGCAAGGCAGAUGAAAAGGUCGCCAAGGCUCCUGGGGCUGUUCACUUGGUCAGGCGAGCAGACUAUCUUCUAUCUGUCUUGAAAGCCAAGUACUCUGAUAAUCAAGCUGCCAAGCGUGCCGUGGAAAACCACCAUCGAAAUAACAAGAAGCACGAGCGGAACGGAUCCAGAAGAUCCGAGCCAAGAGGCUCUGUUUCUGCUUCUCCUGCCCCGGCAAUCAAGAAAGCAUCUCGACCAUUCGAUCACAACAGUCGUGAUCGAGAGCGAGAUAGAGCUCGUGGCCACAACGUUAGUGAUUCGCGUGAUUCUCGUCGAGAAAGCGGAGGCUAUGGUUCCUCAACGCCUGGUAUGAAGAGGAAGUAUAGCGAUGGAGACGAUGAAAAACAUCUAGAACGUCGUCCUAAGUAUCGCAAAUCCGACAACGGUGAACCGGAUCAGAACGAAAUGCUCCGUAAACUUUUCAAGCCAAUCAAGGAAAGCCUUCGACGUCUCCAAAAUGGCACAGCCAAAAACAUUCCGAACAAAAAGGAACGUGCUGGGGUUUUGAAAGAGGAGCUGUAUAGUACUGGACUAUUCAUUGACUCUAUCACUGCGCCUAAGAAAGAUGGAUCAGUUGACAAUAAACUGAAGGAUAGCUUGUGGUUAGUUUCGUGUCUUCCAAAUUUUAAACAGUGCAUUUGCUAACAUUUUCUAGGGAAUAUGUAAUGACCUACUGGCCUAAUCCAGGACAAUCCACGCAAGCAGUUGCGUCUAUGUACACGAAAGUCAGGAAGGAAAGGGUAGAUUCAGAGGCUUCAAGAUGAGAAUUUGUGAAGAUGUCAGAAGUGCUUUAAUCUCACAGUGAGAGGAUCUAAUGUCUUGAAGAAGGUUGCAUUGGCGUUUAGAUGAUGGGAUUGUCAUAUUUUACACUGGCUCAAAUUACGGCAUGGGUUGGCGUACGGUUGACUGGAUCAUGGGAAGGUCAAUGGUGGGUUGGAGUUGAUAAAACUCAUAGCAUGGGAGAAGGGGAAAUCAUUGUGCGAAUUGCACCGGCGUUUUGUCAAAAUCAAGAAACUUAUACUAGUUAAUUGAUAACGACACGACACGAGAAUGUACAUAAAAGUGCGAGCGAUGGAAGGUGUCGAGUACCUUUUACUUCUUAAGACUACGAUAGAGCUAGCUACUUAUACAGACAUUGAGACAACUGCGAACAAGUUUUGAUAGAUGUCAGAUCCGAGUUUGAUAAUAUGAUUCAAUAAGGGACUAAAAGAUUAGAUGGUAUUACCUAGAUAUCAUACAUGUCAUAUUUAUUACAGGAAUAGAGUU